CACGCCUGCCCAAAAAUUCAUCAACGCGACCGCCCCCCCUCACCCAAACCCCCAUUUCCCGUCAGCGCCAUCUCCCCCCCGAUGCCGCGCGAUGCACUGAUGCUCAUUGUGAUCGCAGACCGCCGUCGUGCUGGCUCCCCUCCCACCCUCCUCUCGUCGCCCGCGUGCCCCAGACGCCGUCCAGUGGUACCGGGGGAUGAAUACUAGCCUGCCCGCAUACACCCACCUCGAGUCCCUGCUGCUGUUCCAAUCCCUCGCUGCCUAUGGCGUAGACCCCUCCAUCUUCAGCAGAAUCUCGGAGCUGCUGAAGAGGAAUCCACACAUCACCACCCACGAACGCUUCGAGAGCGGUCGGUUGAGUCCCGAUGCACUGCGAAAUUUCUACUUGCAAAUAUUGAAGGACGAGAUUAGGAGCGAGCGCCACGAUGCCGCGCAGGAUGGCGCAGGGCCGAAUGGAGAUGUUAAGAAUUCGCGAAAGCGCAAAGCUCCCAGUCCCAGCCUACCCACCGUCCAGGAAGCAGCCCAGCAUGCACACCUCAUCCCAAAGCUCGUCGAGAAGCUCUACGCGCGCUACCGCACAGCCAUUACCAACCAGAUCAGGGAAGAGGAGUACAGGUACGAAAGGCUCCAGAAAGAGUUGCAGGAGAUUGAACGCGGCGAGUGGGACAAUAGAUUUAAGGAAAAGGUCAAUGGAACAUCGCCCACUUUGCGCAGCCAAAACCUUCCACGGAAGUCACCUCUCCUCCCUCAGACGUCCCCUCACAAAAAGCAGGUCGCCUUGGACCAGCGGGGCACUUCAUCCACGCCUCAACCCCUUGCAGAUCAUGUCCCUUCUCCACAACCAGAUCGGACUGCUCAGCCUCUUCAUCCACCACCCAGGUUCCCUCCCCAGGAACUGGCAAACGCUGCACACAAUGACUCUCCUCCCCAUACCCACAGAUCGCCUUAUCCUCCCCAAGGACUGCAAACCCAAGCGCAACCUCCCUUAGUUGUGCCGCCAUCUCCAAGCCCAAUCACGCCAAGUCAAGCAAAUCCUCCCAGCCCUCAAGAUACUGUUGUCGUGUCUUCUCCCCAAGGGCCGCAAUUUCCGUCCCAAUCAGUGUCCCAGUACGGAGGAAAAGGUGUGCCUCAAUACGGCCCGCCUCCGGCUACUUCUCCGCAGUUUUCUCCAACACAACAACGAUUCCCGGGUCCACACCCGCCCGGUUCUCAAUCUCCUGGUGUUCAAACACCGCAACAGCAACAACGAAAUUAUUAUGCGCCUUACACAGAACAGCCGCCCUACCCUCCCCCACAGCAUCCUCAAAUGGGACAAUCACAAGGUGGCUUCAUGCUACCCCCUUUUCAGGUAUCGCUCCAGGAUCCAUCACGUGCACAUCAAACCCCAGCGUCUGCACCACACUUCCCUCGGGUCUCAACUCCCGUCAAUGAUCGGAAAUCCUUGCCUUUAACUAAAAUAUGCACGCCAUCAGUGAGCUCCACCAAGCCCAGCUUUCCACCGCUACAUCCACAAGUCAUCCAAGCGCUCGCCUCCUUUUCCACGCCUUCAAGCAUCCGCACCCCUCGAAGUGCCUUGCAGACACCAAGAUCUGCGAAGACAAUUUGGAAAGCUUCUGCAAUACAAUUCGCGCACUCCCCAGCUCCUCGACCAUCCGUUAGCCCUAUCGAUGAUAUAGGGCCUCCAUUCGAUCCACCGAAGCAGACCCAUUCUAAACCGAAAGCCACCCGCAAGGCAAGGGCAAAAGGCAAAGGAAAGGAAAAGGAGUCGGAACCUGGACCGGUAGAAGAAUCUAUACCGGAGGUAGAAGGCCGACAGGGUCGAAGUACUCGGAAAACAGCCACGAGAAGAGCAAGGCCUGGCAGUAUAGCUUCUUCUCAAGCAGGCACCUCUAUUCAAGGACGCAGCAGGAGCCAAUCUGUUAUGUCUCAUACUGAGACCAUUGCAGCAGAGACAGAGUUUCAAACUGAUUAUCAGGUCAAAUCUGAACCUGGCACUUCUGUUGAUGUUAUUGAAGAGGAUUCAGCUGGACUUGCCUUACAAACGUCCACUCGCCGGCGAGGCACUACUCAGCCCCUCCAAACCAACAAACGGAAGCGCGCUGCCCGAGAGGCCUCGAUACCGGAAUCAGAAGACCUACCUGGUACGCCAGGACUACCGAAAACCGUCGUUGCUCCUCGACAUUUCUCUCGCAUGUGUAAUCCAAUUAUGAAUGAUAUUGGGUCACACAAACAUGCAUCUACGUUCACCACCGCCGUGAAGGCAAAGGAUGCAGAAGGCUAUUAUGAUAUCAUCAAGCGACCGACAGAUCUAAAGUCUAUCCAGAAAGCCAUUGCAGCUGGAGCGAAAGUUGUAGCAGCUGCCGCUUCUGAUACUCCAGCAGGCAGUCCUGGCGGUGGGGGUGGUGUUGUUGAGUUCCCUCUCACUGUCGACGUCAUUCCCCCCAAAGCUAUCGUUAACUCUGCUCAACUUGAGAAAGAGCUGAUGCGGAUGUUUGUUAAUGCAGUUAUGUUCAACGCCGGCGAAGAAGGGGUAGUCGAGGAUGCCCGAGAAAUGUUUGGAACUGUCGAACAGAGCGUUUCGAAUUGGCGCAGUGCUGAACGAUCUAGUGGAAGGAUGGAGGUCGAAGAGACGCCAGUACCGGAUGAAGAUGUGCCCACCGCAUCCAAACGGAGGAAGCUAUGA